GAAGCAGGAAGGUUGCUAGGAGUUUGCGGCCAGCCUUGUCUACACAUCACCUGAACACACAGUCCUUCAACAGUUCAUCGCCCAUGCAUUCACUGAUCCCAUCUCAUGUCCUAGGCCAGCCAAACCACCCUUUACUCCUUGUCCCUACCUUCUCCCCAAGGUUACAUGGAAUAUCUCUAGGUUGUGAGCUCUAGAGGCCUGGAGAUAUACCUCAGAGCCCAGCACCAAACAUGACCCCUUGAAUGCCCAUGUUGACUAUGGGGCGCUUGAUUGGGUCCCAGGGACUUCAUCUUUCAUUUGGCUGGUGAGAGAGCCAAGGCUACAUAGUGUCUUGAAAAAGUUUUGGAGAAAAAGCAUUGAUGAGGCUCUGUGAGGUCAUAAAAGACAGCGUGAUUCAAUACAUCUGGGGGCCUUUUGGAGGAGGCAUUAAUUAUUCUUUAAUGAGAGAACUUGAUUUUAAUAGGAGGAGAGAGUGUAAUGCGGGAAGAAUCAACAACAUGUAUAAAAGCUCAGGCCCGGACAUCUGUGGCUUUGGCAACAAUAGACUACAGGUCAUCCUUUCUCAUCGAGGGAAAUACCAUGAGAACAACAAGACCCUCAAGUGCAGGAUCAACAAAGACACUCACCUGUACACUCUGAUCAUUCGCCCCAAUGCUACCUAUGAGGUUAAAAUUGACAACGAGAAAGUGACAACAGGGGGCCUAGAAGAUGACUGGGACUUCUUGCCUCCCAGGAAAAUAAAAGACCCCUAUGCCAGGAAACCAAGAAAGUGGGAUGAACGGCUACAAAUAGAGGACCCUGAAGAUAAGAAACCUGAGGACUGGGAGGACUCUGAGUUCAUCCCAGACCCAGAAGCCAAGAAGCCGGAUGACUGGAAUGAGGCGAUGGAUGGGGUGUGGGAAGGGCCCCUGAUACCAAACGUCAAGUACAAGGGACAAUGGAAGCCUCGGAUCAUUGACAAUCCCAAUUACCAAGGGGAGUGGAUUCACCCAGAGAUAGACAACCCCAAAUACAAGCCUGACCCCACCAUCUGUCACUAUUAUAACAUCAGUGUCCUUGGCCUGGAUCUUUGGCAGGUGAAAUCUGGCAGCAUCUUUGACAAUUUUCUUCUAACAAAUGAUGAAGAGUUUGCUGAAGAGGUUGGAAAUAAGACCUGGGGAUUAAGAAAGGAUGUAGAGCAGCAGUGGAGAGAGCUGUAUGAGGAAAUGGAGAAAAAGAAGGAGGCAGAAGAGGCCAAAAAGAAGAGGGAAAAGCAGCGGGCCAGGCAAGAGGACAUCUGGGGACUGGAUGAGGAGGACGAGGACAAUGAAGAGGAGGACGAGGAGGAACCAGAUGGAAAGCCCCAGCAGGAAGACGGUGCUGACAGGGCAUUUCUGGGUAAAAAGGAAGCCCGUUUUGAUCAGAAGGAUGAGCUGUAACUGCCAAGAGAGGGAUUCUGCACAGAAGCAAGAGAGUGCUUAGCAGGGGAAAUGCUCACGAGGUUAGCCCACUGUGGAAAGGAAAAUGACUCACUCCUUUUAGAUAAACUUUGGAUUUAUAUUUCCACUACCACCACCCCCUUGCUCUAUUUGCUUAUUGGUAGAAAGGGAAAGAAAGGGAAUGAUAAUUUCUAUUCAGUGAUGUGGUUUUAGGGACUGGAUGACGUAAUGUGUAUAAAGUGCCCAAUGUAACUACAUUUAAAAAAAAAAAAGAGUAGUACUACUAUGGUUAUCAUGGUGUUUAUGAAAUUAAUUGUUGGCAAAUAGGCUUCUGCAUAAACUUGGUUCUCACUUUCAGUUGAACUUUAUACUCCUGGGGAUUUCUUUGUUUAGAUAGAUACAUACAUUUCUUAGUAUUUACUGAGCAGUGCUAACAGUUCUACCCAGUGUUUUCCUCUUGUGAAUGCAUUGAGCGCCUAGAAGCAAAAUCAGAACAUCUGUCGAGCAUUUGGAAAAGUACUGCAUGAAAGUCGCUUUACUGGCUGGCUGUUGGUGGCCUAAUUUUUAAAUGACUGCUCCUGGUUUA